GCGUGCGCGUGUCUGUCUGUCUGUCUGUCUGUGCGUGCGUGUGUGUCUGCGCGCGCGGUCCUGACGGCUUCGUCCACACCGGUGAGCUCGGUCUCGGUCUCUCUCUCUUCGUUGAGAUCUUUGUUGGACAUGAUGAAACUCUCCCUGGUGUUUUUCCGCCACGCGUGUUCACGGAUCGUGACUACACGGAGGACGUUCAGCCCCCGCAGCAGUUCGGUACCGGGGACCGGGACCGUGUGUUGGUUGCCGCUUCGGCGGGCGACGUCCACCGGCAUCGGCGGCACCGGAGCACCGGAUCUCUCACCGGCGCUCAACCUCCAGACUCCGCGCGCGACAACCGGGGAAACGAUCAUCCGGGAGAUCAUUCAGAGGAGCAGAGAGGAGCUCGCUGCUGUACUCCAAACCCACCCAGGUAUCAAACCCACCUUGGCCAUAAUCCAGGCAGGUGAAGAUGACGCUUUACUGGACAUCAACAAGAAGAUGGCAGGAAAGGUGGGCCUGAACGUGAUGCAGAUCUGCCUGUCGAGCUCCUGCACGCAGGACGAGGUCAUAGAGGAGGUCCUGAGGUUGAACGAAGAUCCCAAUGUUCACGGCGUGUUCCUGUGUCUUCCUCCUUCGAUCGUCUCUCGCAGAGCGCUCAACUCCAUCAAACCCGAGAAAGACGUGGACGGGAUUUCAGACCAGAAUGUGGGUCGUCUGGUGUCUGGAGCUCUGUCUGACGGCUUUCUCUCGCCUGUAACAGGAGCAGUGCUGGAGCUGCUGACCAGACACAAUGCUCCUCUGGCUGGGAAGAAGGCGGCGCUGGUCGGUCUGGACGGUGCACUCAACGCCGUCCUCCAGUGUCUGCUGCAGAACGAGGGUGUGGAGGUGCAGACCAGCCACUGGAACUCAGACAGGCUGCAGACACAGGUGAAACAGGCUGAUGUGGUUGUGAUGAUGAUGGGAACCGAACACUCCGCUCUCCCAAACACCUGCUUCAAACCCGGAGUGACUCCCAUUAACUGUGGUCCUGCGUUAAUACCAGCGUUCUCAGCUCAUGAGAAGAAGCUGGAGGCUGAAUCCUGGCCAGAUAUCAGAUCCAUAAGUGCAGCUCUUAGGAUGCAGAACGUAGUGAGAAGCAGUGGAAGGUGGGUGGAAUCUCAGCAGUAUCAGCCGUGGACACUCCGCCCCCUCAAGCUCCAGCCCCUGUCUCCAGUGCCCAGUGACAUUGACAUCUCCCGAGCUCAAGCUCCGAAGCCCAUAGCGCAGCUGGCGGAGGAAAUCGGCUUGUUGCCGGAAGAGUUGGAGGCGUACGGCCGCUCCAAAGCCAAAGUUCAGCUCUCGGUACUGAAACGCCUGCAGCAGCAACCUAAUGGCAAAUAUGUCCUCGUGGCAGGCAUCACUCCGACUCCUCUGGGUGAAGGGAAGAGCACAGUGACUAUCGGAUUGGUCCAGGCUCUCUCGGCUCAUCUCAAACUCAACUCAUUCGCCUGUCUCAGACAGCCGUCUCAGGGUCCUACCUUCGGGGUCAAAGGUGGAGCAGCAGGUGGGGGAUACGCUCAGGUCAUCCCUAUGGAGGAGUUUAAUCUCCACCUGACUGGUGACAUUCACGCCAUAACAGCCGCUAAUAAUCUGGUCGCAGCAGCCGUGGACGCGAGAAUCCUACACGAAGCCACCCAAUCUGAUAAGGCCCUGUAUAACAGACUCGUUCCUUCAGUUAAUGGAGUGAGACAUUUCUCUGCUAUUCAGCUUGGCCGUCUGAAGCGUCUUGGAAUCAACAAAUCCGACCCUGGCACUCUCACGGCUGAGGAGAUCAACGCCUUUGUCCGGCUCGACCUUGACCCUGCGAAGGUCACUUGGCAAAGAGUGGUGGACACCAACGAUCGCUUCCUGAGGAAGAUCACGGUCGGCCAGGCGAACACGGAGAAAGGCCUCAGCCGCCAGACUCAGUUUGAUAUCGCAGUGGCGAGUGAGAUCAUGGCGAUUCUGGCUCUGACUGAAGGUCUGGCUGAUAUGAAGCUUCGUCUGGGCCGCAUGGUGGUGGGCAGCAGCAGGACCGGGCAGCCAGUAACAGCUGAUGAUCUCGGUGUAACUGGAGCUCUGGCUGUGCUCAUGAAAGAUGCCAUCAAACCCACUUUGAUGCAGACACUCGAGGGCACGCCGGUGUUUGUGCACGCUGGGCCGUUCGCCAACAUCGCCCAUGGAAACUCCUCGGUUCUGGCGGACCAGCUGGCUCUCAAACUGGUCGGGUCUAAUGGCUAUGUGGUGACAGAGGCAGGUUUCGGAGCAGACAUCGGCAUGGAGAAGUUCUUCAACAUUAAAUGCCGUUCCUCCGGACUGAAGCCUGACGUGGUUGUGCUAGUCGCCACCAUCAGGGCUCUGAAGAUGCACGGAGGAGGUCCAAAUGUAACAGCAGGGGUGCCGCUGCCUAAAGAAUACACAGAGGAGAAUUUAGAGUUGGUGUCUGAAGGCUGCAGUAACCUGAAGAAACAGAUCCAGAUCGCUCGUCUGUUUGGAGUUCCUGUAGUGGUGGCGCUCAACGUGUUUAAGACCGACACGGAGCCCGAGAUCGAGCUGGUGUGUCGUCUAGCCGAGGUCUCGGGGGCGUCUGCGGCCGUCCCGUGUCAUCACUGGAGUCGGGGCGGACGUGGAGCCGUGGACCUGGCACUUGCCGUGAAGGCCGCAGCGGCACAGCAGAGCGAUUUCCACUUCCUGUACAGCCUUCAGGACCCCAUUGUGGAGAAAAUCCGCACUAUAGCGCAGAAGGUUUACGGAGCCGACGACAUCGAGUUAUCAUCAGAAUCACAGGCCAAAAUCGACUAUUACACACGACAGGGAUUUGACACUUUACCCAUCUGCAUGGCCAAAACCCACCUGUCCCUCUCUCACAUGCCUGAGAAAAAGGGCGUGCCCACCGGCUUCAUCCUGCCCAUCCGAGACGUCCGUGCCAGCAUAGGGGCGGGGUUUAUUUAUCCACUGGUUGGAACAAUGAGCACCAUGCCAGGUCUUCCUACACGACCCUGUUUUUAUGACAUCGAUCUCGAUCCUGUAACUGAGGAGAUCUCUGGGCUCUUUUAACCAUUACACACACACACACACACACACACACACACACACACACACACACACACACACACACAUUCAGCAGGUAAGAUGUACAGCUAAUACACUUCAGAUGUCAUUUCCAAAUCAUUCUUCUGGUUUAAAUAUCAGCUUCCCAGUCUCUUCUCAUUCCUCAUGGAGCCGUCUCAGGCCUUCAGAGAUAUAACAGAGGACCAACUGUUCCUUCAGAUGAUUCACCUGAACAUCACCUACAUACAUUAUAUACAAAACUCAUUUAUAUACCCUUUAGAAUCUUUUUGUUUAUAAUCAUAAUUAUUAUUAUUAUUAUAUUUGGGUUUUGUGGUUUAAACCUGCAAAGUGUCAGUUUUUAUGUAUUUUGUGACAAUUCAACUUCCUGUCUGAAUGUGAAACUGUUUUUUUUGUUUGUUUGAUCUUUUAUUUACAUUUUCUUUUUUAAUCCAGCACUUACAUGUGCUUCUUUAUAAUUCUAAUCUACACUACAGCCUCGAUCUCUGAGCUCGUCACGUAACCGCUCACAUCACGUCCCAACGUGCCUCGGCGUUCACGCUUCCGUUUGUGUGUUUUGACAUAAACUUUGAAUUAUCA